AUGGCCUUUGGCUCGAGCAAAUGGGAGGGUUCUCCGUGGGUGCUGGACGAGGAGGAGAGACUGAAUAUUAUCAAGAAGGCAUACGACUGUGGUAUCAAUACUUGGGAUAGCACCGACACGUACUCGAACGGCAAGUCCGAACUUAUCGUCAGCAAGGCAGUCAAGAAGCUCAACAUCCCGCGCAGCAAGGUCGUCAUCAUGAAUAAGACCUUCAACCAGUCAUGGGACGACGAGUCGAGGCCGCCGCAGAUCAACGACGGCGAGCUGGUCAACUAG